UAGUGAGUGUUAGUGAGAGACAGAGAACAGCAAAAGAGAGAGUGAGUUAGAGAGGCUGACAGUCAGGCCGGGCCGGGCCACAGUACCAUGUCUGGGUGAUCAUUCAGGUGAUGCGAACAGGACACACGGUGAAGCUAAGCUUGGAGGCGAGUGAGCAAUAGAAAUGGAUCCAGCGUUGUUGAAAGAGAGAGAACUGUUCAAGAAGCGAGCUCUCUCCAAUCCUGUGAUCGAGAAACGGAAGGUGACUGCUUCUUCAGACUCAAGUUCCAAAAAGAAGAAAAGGCCAGAUCAAGGGAGUUCCUCAAAGCAAAAUUCAGAGAAUGGAUCUUUCAAUUACAGAGGACUUCCAGGAAGCAGUGGGUAUAAAUUUGGAGUCCUUGCUAAAAUUGUCAACUACAUGAAGACGCGUCACCAACGUGGAGACACCUAUCCGUUGACACUGGAAGAAAUUCUGGAUGAGACUAAGCUGCUGGAUAUUGGCAUGAGACAGAAACAAUGGCUGAUGAGUGAGGCACUAAUAAACAAUCCAAAAAUUGACGUGUUAGAUGGAAAAUAUGUCUUCAAACCCAAGUACAACUUAAAAGACAAAAAGGCUUUGCUCAGACUUUUGGAUAAACAUGAUCAGCGGGGCUUGGGAGGGAUCCUCCUGGAUGAUAUAGAGGAAGGAUUGCCUAAUUCCCAGAAAGCUAUAAAGGCUUUAGGGGACCAAAUCAUUUUUGUGACAAGACCUGAUAAGAAGAAGAUUCUGUUCUACAAUGACAAGAGCUGCCAGUUCACAAUGGAUGAAGAAUUUCAGAAGCUGUGGAGGGGUAUCCCAGUGGAUUCUAUGGAUGAAGAGAAGAUUGAGGAGUACCUGAAAAGGCAAGGCAUUUCCUCAAUGCAGGAGACUGGACCAAAGAAGGUGAUGUGCAUUCAGAAGAGGAAAAAACCUGGCUCUCAGAGAAAAAGGAAAUUCAAAACUCACAAUGACCACAUGGCUGGGAUAUUGGAGGAUUACACUGAAGGCGUUUCUACCAGCCAUUCUACAAAGUAAUGAACAACAAUUCAGCAGCAGCUGAAUAAUCCUGUGCAGGUUUAUUGAGAUUGGCACAGGAAUAGAAUUCAACCAAUCUGCCGGUUUGUUACUUCAAUCUGCUUUUUUGCAGUGGCCUCCAAUGGAAGUCUUGUUUGGACAGUUUUUAUCCAGCUACAUCAGUGAUUACAGUUUUACCACCAGGAUUGAGUGUUUUCUUUGGGGAGAGGGAUGAUUCAAAAUGUAUUAUUUUGUGUAUGCCAUUUUGUCUUAUUAAAACUGUAAUGAAUAGUUAAGUAAGUGCUCAAAUACAAAUCUGUGGUUAUCAGGUGCAGUUUUGGAAGGUUUGGAGUUGUUUUUCCUCCUCAGUGAAUGAUGUCAGUAUCCCACAGGCAAAAGCACAAUAAUAAUAAUAAUCUUUGCAUUGA